UCAGAAAUACUGUUCUACUGUAUAAACUACAGUAGGAAGAGGAGGAUGAUAAGAGAACAAAUGAGAACACCAUGAUCUUACAAAUGAUCUUACUGGCAAUAAAUGUGCCUCCUGUGAAAAGUCUGCAGCUGACUUUGCUCGUCCUAUUUACACCACUGUAUUUUAACGUUGUAUAAAAACUGUAUAAAAAAGUUUGACAACCACUGCAUUAGGCAAUUUAUUAUUUCCUAAUUUUGAUCAAAUCCCCACAGAUUAUGCACCAACAUGUGCAAUUUCGCCUUAGUUUUACUAUUUUAUAUAACCAUGGCAAAGACAAUCACAAAAAAACUGCAAAACAUUUUCCCUACGUCCUGUACCGUAAAAGUGACAAAUUAUUGAAUGAUGCUUAUAAUUUUCCAUGGGUGUCUGUGGACCAUCAGUUCCUUUGUUUAAUAAAUUACAGUAUAAUUAACUACAAUUAAAGGAGACAGUCAUACUGUUUUUGUUGGUUUCAAAAGCUUUGAAUAAUCUACUAUACAUAUAUAAUCUCACAUUCAUUUUAAAAGCAAUUUUUAGAGAAAACACUCAGAGAAAACCUGUAUAGGCUGUUCAUUUUCUCACAAUGCAACAACAAUUAGAAGAAACGAGAAAAUAUUGAAACAAACAGACAAGUAAACAGUACGAUCCUUUUCAGAAUUACUUGGUGUGAAGGCUGAGUCGGUGUCCAUACCAUUGUUUUUAGGUAAUCUCAUCUGCCUUUGAUUGCACAUAGAUCAAAGUCAACAGUGUCACUCAGCAUUCACACAGCAUUUUCACAUUUCCUGGUCAGUUGGUGUAUGCCAACUACAGGCUGCCAUUGCUGCCUGGUUGGACCGUUUGUUUACCUCCAUCCCAUCUGUCAUUCAUAAUUCCAUCGAUAAUUCAUUACGUUUUUGUGUUGUUUUUCAAGUGUUUCUAUGACAGCCUCUGAGCAAAGAUGCCUCGCUCUGUUGUCAAAUCCCAAGGGAGCAAGGAAAUAACCACGCCAUCUGGACCAGCGACCCCGCCUCCAGUGCAAGACCCGGAAUAUAUCGUUCCUGGUCGUUUAACUAAGGCCCAGUGGACAAAGGCGUUAAGACAAGAACAUACAGACGACAUAGUGGGGGAGAUUGUGGAUGAUCUGCUGAACAAGGUCAUGGAAGGCUGUUUGAAGGCACACGUUAAAGGCCAGCUUGUACCGUAUUGUACGUCUUGGGCCAAAAGCUACUUCACACGGAUUUUAGAGCAACAAAUCAUGUGCCCAGAUGAAGGUGAAGAACCAGAGGAAGCACCUAAACCUGAAGACACAGAGCCUUUCCCAGCUCCUUGUGAUCCCUGGGCCCAAGGAAGUGUCCCUGUUGUCAGCGCCACUCACCAAACUUACCGCACUGUUUCACAACAGGAUGAAGGUGUUCAGGUCCCAGCACAAACAGAAACAACAGGCAACCAGCAAUGUAAUGGCAAGGGCCAAACAACCAUUUCUCCAAAGCGACCUGAUAAGGAAACCAGCCCUAAGAAGCCUGGCAGCGACAAACAUUGUAAUGGUAUAAGUCCUCGUCCCCCACCAACGACCAACCAAAGGAGAAAGCAGCUGGGAAGUUUAGUUCCCAGGCCUGUUCAAGGGAAAUUGCUGCCGGUUUUGUCCUAUUCAGCACGAAAAAAGGAAGCGGAAGUAGAAAGUAAAAAUAGAAUAUAUUUAGUUAGACCUAAGGUUGCGGAUAAUAACUACACAAAAGCCAAUCCCAGAAUAACAAAUGGAUUUUCCAAACUAGAAUCAAAGUUUACCAAGCCACAAACUGAGCGGACCAUGGCCACACUGCCACCAUUAACCAGCUCCAAGGAUUAGCCAGCAAAGUUUCAAAGUAGAAAAAAUGAAACAGAUUCAGUCUCUCUGAAGAGUUGAAGAAGCCUCUUGAGUUGAGAGGUGAAACUUCUUCAACCAAACACCCACACUCUCGAAGAUACAAGGUGUGACUGUGAGGGUGAAUGCUUGUUCAUCUCUGUAUGUUGGCCCUGCGAUGGACCAGCGACUUGGCCAGGGUGGAUCCCGCCUUUCACCCUGUGUCAGCUAGGAUUGGCUCAAGCUCCCCGUGCGACCCUAAAGUGGAGGAUAAAGCAGUAGAAAAUGUAUAGAUGAAUGGACUGAAGACCUUUCACAGACAUGUUGCUACACAUUUAUGUUUCCCUCUAGAGCCUGAAUAUAGUCAGGAGAGCUGGACACAAUGGUUUUGUUUGAGGACAUCUCCUGGCAGUGGAAAAUAACCUUCAAAGCUGAGGCCAGUCGAAGAAGUGUGCCACUGUUUUCACAUGACCAGUUUGCCAGAGAUCAACAACCUCAGGUCCCACCAUUGUUUCAGUCCAAGAACUUUACUGAGCAAAGUGAGCUAUCGUUGUAAAGGAAUUAUCAUACCGAGUAAUGUCUUUGAGCUAUGCUGUGAGAAAUAAUACUUGAACAUGUUUUGAACAGAUUUCCACUCAAGCCAUUUGUGACAUAUGCUGCUUUUGCGAGAUAUAAUAGCCAGUAAACUAAUUUAAUGUAUGGUUUUGUAAAAUAAAUUGUUCAAACUUGAAGUUUACCUAACUUAGUGAAGGCAAAUAUUAUAGCUUCAUAUGUUAAGAACAUUAUUUGGUUAAGUGUCUGUGUCAUACACUGCAUACAGUAACCCAAUCACAUCAACAUACAUCAUACAAGACUUAAAUUCCCAGGAUUUAACAGUGUCCGCUUGCAAUACCUUGAUGUUCGUAAUAAACUUACUGAAUAUAUGUACACUAAGAGCACCAAUAAAAACAAUAAUCUGA